CAGAGCUGCACAUCAUCCUUUCAGCAACGGCGAGCCGGUCAAUCUGAUCGCUGGGUGUCGAAGCUUGUCUUAUACACGUCUAUCGCUUGUGUGCCUGUGUCAGGAUCUGUGCGAUUUCCUACCCGCAAUGUGGCAGGUCUGAAUAGCGCGAAUGUCCCUGACCGAAUAGCGACAGUCUGUGCUUUGACUGCGCCAAAGAUUGUUCUCGAUCACCAGCAAGCCGUUGUUACCGCAUCAGAGCCUCAGUCUUACACUGGCAGUCGCCAUUGGUGCCUCCCACAAUGUUCCACCAGCUGUGUGCAGAUGCUCCUCCAACGGAGCUAGCGCCAGACCCAGACAUCUCUGGAAUUGGUGUCACCGUUGCGUAUACAAGCACAGCCGCACUAGCUCUGCUGCUAGUCAUAGCUGACUAUAUCUUCGUCUACCAUCCAGAUACUGCGUCUGCUGCCGAUCGUGAAGGGAUCAAGCACGAUCAUCCGAGCAAAGUCAAUCCCAUCGAUGAGUAUCUGCUCUACUGGAGGCUUGGCACCAAUCGCGAGAUCCGGGGCAUUGAGCGGUGGGGCGAAAAAGGGUUGCGUGUUAAGAAUGCGGCUACUCAUGCAAUACUCACAAUGAGCGAUUUCCAAUUGGUUACCGGCCUCUCGAUUCUCAUCAGUGGCUUCACGCAGCUCGAUUCAGGAAUAUCAGCGUACCACUGGCAAAGACUUGUACAGCUCGCGUGGUUUUCAUCAGUCACUCAUCUAUGCACCCUCACAGCUCUGCGUAACUACUUCCGUCGAAACACGCUUGGAUACUUCUGGCGGCUUCCAGGGAUGGUCAUACUGAUCAUGAUGCUUAUCGUAGCUUUGGUACCUACAGGACAUUACACGUGGGAGUCUGUAACCAUCAGAUGGGCACAGCGUGACAGCGUUACUAUUAGACCGAAGCCAACGGAUCCCGCCGUUUGUUACUUUAACCGCCACGAGGGAGGAUGCGAAAAUGAGUACGCAGAAUUGUGCGAAGAGGUCUUCCAGGCCAGUCAGCAGCGCAUGAUACUAUCAGCUGCGUUCCUAGGCGUGGGCAUGUGCAAUCGCCUCUGGCAUCUGUUUCGGCUUCCGGUAAGGCUAUACAAUAGCAGUCGAUCAGUCUCGAGCGACAUGUGUAAAACCGUGUUGUCGCACAUGCACAAAUGGACUACAUCAUGGACACUGUGGGGUUCUAUUCCGUUUGGCAUAUUCGUUUACCACCCAUGCCUCGCACUGUUCCUAGCGCUCCGUCUUCUCGCCGACAUCAUCACAUCUAGAGCAUUUGAGGUCUGGUGGUUGAUAGUCAGCUUUUGCUGGGGUUCGCUGAACCUGUGGAUGCGGUCAACGCUUAACGAAGGAGGUCGAGACACGUGGACCUUCGGGCAAGUAAUGGCCCUCCUCGUUGUCUUCGCGCCCGUCAUCACCCUCAUCGAGGGCUAUGCCAAAGCGACAACCCAGAGUCUCACCCCCAAUCGCAUGCUCGACACAGUUAACACCAUCGAGUUCCUCACCCUCGACUCUCGUGCCCCCUCCUCCCUCGUCAGCCUCAUAUCAAAACCCGUUCCCAACAAUGACGACUUCGUGAACCCGCACCCAGCCCACGACUACUACCACGAACGUUUCAGCUUCCCGAUCCUCGUAUACUCCACCUUAUGCAGCGUAGUCAUCGUAAGCUUCCUGCUCCUCGUAGCGCUGCGGACCCAGGACAUCCGGCCCUCCGACAUCGUGAGCUCGUACGCGACGAGUUUCCGGUUCUUUUUGGUGCCGCCGGUGCAUGUAAUUCUAGGAUUUUUGGGGAUGUGUGUGCUACUGUCGCUAUAUUGUGAGAUUGAGAGGCCGAGGGGGAAGGCGUAUCGGUACUGGUGUCGUACGCUGCAGUUUGGGUUGUUUGUCGGGGUUCUGAUCGUGCCGUCGUUUAGUUACACGUUGGUAUACUAUCUGGCGAUGAUUUGUGCGUUGUUUUGGUUGAUUUUGUCGGGGGUGCAUGCGUUUCGGAGGUAUAAACAUAAGAGGAGGAAGGAACUACUGGCGACGGGCGCAUAGUAUGCAGACUAACAACAACUUGCUUUAGCCACAAUCCCCAACACUCUGAAAUACGGCAGUCUUUACUCAUUUUCGCCUAUAAGUCUGUAUACUUCUGGCCAACAAACCUUGCCAAAACCGACACUCGUACGGUGAUACAAACAUCAGUUCGCAGCUUAAAGGUCGACUACAUAGGCGAACAGGUUAUUUGCCCAGUCACAGUAAG